AACAAAGAUGCACAGGCAUUUCUUAAAAUCCGGUAUUGACGUCUAGUAGACCUUUGCUGAAAGUACUGUGGGUUUAUUCUAACAAAAAGAAGUACAAAAGACUGCAUGUAUCGCUCUUACAAUAGCUAGUGCGUAACUGACGUUACUUCGCUUAAUCGCCGCUCAGCGACGGUUGGCACCACCGUCGCGUACACUACAGUCGCAAUAAUAGCUUGCUAUACUACUUCAAGUGAUUCAAAUCACGGUUUCUAAUCGACUGCAUGCGGCGAGAAAGAUUCGCAAGAAAGCAAGCGGUUUUGCAUUAACUGACUGCAUCAUGGUCGACGGUUUUAUACUAUUGUUUCACGAUCUUAAAGUGUUUUUUGUGGCAAAUCGAAAUGGAUCGACAAAUGGAUCCAUCAUGAUAAUUCUUAGUGCAACGAAUCGAGGAUAGAUCGUAAACUGUGUCGAUGCGCAGUAUCCACGGACAUAAGUUGUUUUUCUGUAUCUGGUAAGAUGAAAACGUGUUGUGAACUUUUUCUGUUGGAUCAGACUUUUAUCCGUAUCGGUAAAAAUUCCAGGACCAAUUUCGAGAACACAGGGGUAUCGGAUAGAUUAGAAAAUGUAACACAAACUAUAUCUCGUAUCCUCGACGGUUACGAUAUUCGAUUGAGGCCGAAUUUUGGCGGUGAACCCCUGUUGGUUGGUAUGGAUCUUACAAUUGCCAGUUUUGAUGCAAUCUCAGAAGUGAAUAUGGAUUACACGAUAACAAUGUACUUAAAUCAAUAUUGGAAGGACGAAAGACUAGCGUUUUCCCAAGAAGAAGAAGUUCUCACCCUUAGCGGAGAUUUCGCGGAAAAGAUUUGGGUUCCAGACACAUUUUUUGCCAACGAUAAAAAUAGUUUCUUGCACGACGUGACCGAGCGUAAUAAACUCGUCCGAUUGUCCGGGGACGGAUCUGUCACUUAUGGCAUGAGAUUCACGACGACCUUGGCCUGCAUGAUGGAUCUGCACUAUUAUCCGCUCGAUUCGCAGAACUGCACCGUAGAGAUCGAGAGCUAUGGAUAUACAGUACUGGACGUAGUCAUGUAUUGGAAAGAAACUCCAGUACGUGGUGUAGAAGAAGCAGAAUUGCCACAGUUUACAAUAAUUGGAUAUGAAACAAAUGAUCGUAAAGAAAGACUGGCCACUGGCAUAUAUCAGAGACUUUCAUUGAGCUUCAAACUUCAGAGAAAUAUUGGAUAUUUCGUUUUCCAAACAUACCUACCUAGUAUCUUGAUCGUGAUGCUGAGUUGGGUUAGCUUUUGGAUUAAUCAUGAAGCAACAAGUGCCAGGGUCGCUCUUGGAAUAACGACAGUUCUUACAAUGACUACAAUUUCGACUGGUGUACGUAGCUCACUGCCACGUAUCAGCUACGUGAAGGCUAUUGAUAUCUAUUUAGUAAUGUGCUUUGUUUUUGUAUUUGCUGCUCUGUUAGAGUAUGCUGCAGUUAAUUACACUUACUGGGGAGCUAGAGCAAAAAAGAAAACGAAGAAAAAAGAUACUGAUGAAAAAAAGGUGGUUUCUUCUAAGUCAGGAAGUAAAGCAAGUUCUCCAUUUCCGGGUUCAACGGAAGCCGAUAUAAUAGAACUUCAAGAUCUGAGGAUGUCCCCUCUACCCAGCAUAAGAAACAGAUCGGGGUUACUGAGCAGCAGUUCAACGCCCGGAACAGGAAGAGAACACGAUCCGGCCAAAUUUCCCCCUAGUUUUCGCAUUUCUAGAGUCGCUGCCUACAAUACACAUGGAAGGAAUGCUGGUCUCAGAUAUAGGGGGCCUAAACACCACAAACCCAAGGUAUUACAUGCGAUACGAAGAGGAGCGUCCGUACUGCGAAUAUCAAUGCCUAAGAUUAAAGAUGUGAAUAUUAUUGACAAAUAUUCAAGAGUCAUAUUUCCAGUCAGUUUUAUGUUAUUCAAUGCCAUCUAUUGGGUAUUCUAUUUUCUCUGAAUCAAAUUACCAACAUUUUCUUGCCGAACGGGGAAGGAUAAAAAGGACCAAUUGAUAAUCGAGAAUUCAAAUGGAAUUCCAUUGAAAAUCGAUUCGGUUUGAAUAUCGUUUUUUAAACAAUAAAAAGAUUGAAAUCGACGUUCAAGCCGCAACAUAAACCGAAUUCUUUACUCUCGAUCGAAGGGAGCAGAUAUCGAAAGUACUGAAUCGAAGCUGCCAAUAUUUAACAGUGGGGAGAUAUUUUCGAGAUACAUCGAUUUAAACUGGAGGUAUAAUGAUAUUUUAGAAAAUACGUUCCUAAUCUUUAGUAAUUCGAAUGGGAAGCCCGCCAUGCAAAGUCAUUAAAACGAUUUUAAAAAAAGGUCAUAUCAAAACCAAAAAGACAAAAGUCACUGGAAAUAGUGGUGUACAUUGAUUUAAAUCUCUAAAAAAGU